GGAGGAGGGACAGGACAGGGACACUCAAAAGAGACGCUCAGGACGAGACGAUGACAGAAGACAUGGAGGUCCAUCUAAGUUUGCAGCUGCUGCUCGUUGCCAUGAUGAUUGUGGAGAGGAAGACUUCAGCAGCUCCUCACCAGAACUUUUGUUUCAACACGACAACAUUAAAAACACAGACAGCCUGUCAGUCCUGCAGCAUCUCCCUGCUGGUCCCAUGUCCUAAAGGCUUCCAGAAGACUCCAGGAACCCCCUUUCUGAGCUGCCG